GACUUUAUCUCCCACCAGAAACAGAAGUUGCAGCCUUUAUCCGAAUCUAGGGUUUCCUCUAUCUCUCUCUCUCUCUCUCUCUCUUCUUUGAUUAUCAGAUCCUCGAAACCCUAAUUCUCGAAUCAGGUCUCAGCUUCUCUGUCCUAUUUGCCCAUCAGAUCAACAAAGUUUCAUGUCUGAACUUGAUUCCCAGGUCCCUACUGCCUUCGACCCGUUUGCUGAUGCGAAUGCUGAGGACUCAGGUGCGGGAACAAAGGAGUACGUCCACAUCCGUGUGCAGCAGCGUAAUGGUAGGAAAAGCUUGACAACUGUCCAGGGGCUGAAGAAAGAGUACAGCUACACCAAGAUACUUAAGGAUCUCAAGAAAGAGUUUUGUUGCAACGGAACUGUCGUUCAAGACUCUGAACUUGGACAGGUUAUUCAGCUUCAAGGCGACCAGAGGAAGAACGUCUCCACGUUCCUUGUCCAGGCUGGGCUUGUGAAGAAGGACAACAUCAAGAUCCAUGGUUUCUGAGCUGCUUGUGUUGCAUUGUUCCUAGUCUGUUUUCUUUACUGUUAUCCUCCCGUUCCAAAAACCAUAAGUACCUGUUUGAUGAUCUCUUGUUACUGGUUUAUUCCGAAUCAUUGUCGUAUGUUCUAUUGCGUUACACUUUUCUUCUUGUGUAAUAUGAGAUUGCUAAGAAAGCUUAGUUGACUUCAUCUCUUC